AUGAGUGGGUUACUCAUUCGCCUCUGGGAUGUCGUUGACUACGACCUUAAUCGGCAGGAAAGGCGGUAUCUACUGUGCAAAGAGCACCGUUCCUUAUUUCGACGGCGAUACCAAAACUACAAGGACGUUCCGCUACUGGCGGUGGCAAUCAUUCGCGAUUCAGCGGGACAGAAGUUGACUGGGCGCGGCUCCGACGGAUCCGGGAUUGGUGGAUCUGGGGUCGACGGAUGUGGGGUCGGCGGAUCUGGGGUUGUUGCGGGCAAAGUUUGUUUCUGCAGAUUGGAUGGAAUAGCACGGUCCGGUGAGAAGGCGUUGGUUACAUUUCUGGAUGCGUGCGGUCUGUCGGGGGGAAGGUCCAAGAUAUUUUCGAGGAGUGCUAGGGGAACGCAUGUAGCUAGUAGUAGAGACGUUUAUCUUUUACCACAGUCUGACUUAGAGAAUGUUGAGUUUGCCCCUCAUGUACUGAAGCUGACCCCUCGGAAAUUGAUAAGUACAUCUACAAUAUUGCUUUCAAUCGAUUACUGUCAGAUUGAGCUGAGAAUUUUAACGCAUUUUAGUCGAGAUCCGAUUCUCAGUCAGAUCUUGCAUGAAGAUAAGGAAGAUCCAUUUGUUCUUAUUGCUUCCCACUGGCUAAGGAAAAAAGAGAUCUCCUCUGAGGAGCGUCGUCAAGCUAAACAAUGCGUAUAUGCCAUUCUAUACGGCCAGUCAGGAAAGUCACUGAAAAAACAGCAAAUGACGAAUAGCAUGUCACUUGACAAUGUACGGUCCCCCGAGGCGUUGCUUCCAGAAGGCGAUAAUGUGGGUUUAAUGUGUAGUACUGUGAACGACUCAACAUUUCAUGAGUUGCGGUCAGCGUUAGGAAUUGCUGCGCUUGAUGAUACUCUCGACUCGUUUAAACGAGUCUUUCCUGUAACAUUCGACUUUAUUACCAAAUUACAGGCGCAUGUUGGUAAGCACCUCUAUAUUACGACUCUGGGGAAUCGACGACGAUAUUUUCCGAAACUCAGAGAAGACAAACGCGAUGGUAGAUCGUUACGGCAAGCUGUCAACACACUUUGUCAGGGGUCGGUUGCCGACAUAAUGAAAUAUGUAUGUUCUUCGCUGAAUCCAGUUUUACAGGGCAGAGCCCAUCACGUUCUUCAAAUUCAUGACCAGCUUCUGAUUGAAUUUGAACGCGAAUAUGAUGAAAGAGUCACGUUUGAUUUGGUGCGCGAGAUAGUAGAGGUCUGUGAGGACAGUUUGAAGCUAAAUAUCCCGUUGAAAGUCAAAUGGUCAAUCGACCGUACCUGGGGCAAAAUAGCUUGA